CAUGAUCGGCACGACCCGAAGCGGACUGGAGACAAACCGAACAAAAUCACGGCCGUUGAAAGAGAGGCUCCGUCAUUCUCUCCACCUUCGUUCUCUUCCAGCGAUGUGAGCAUCGGUCGGGAUGCCCUCCUAUUUCUACCACCUCGCGCUCGAACUCUUUUCUCGCCCUCAAUCCGACCUCCGGGGCGCCUCUUCCCAUCGCGUGACAGAUCCGUCUCCCACGUCGCUAUCCUUUGACUCCGCAUGUGAAGCCCUCCUGCCGUUCCAGAAGCGACCCCGGUACUCAUCUCCCUCAAAUCGGGGCCCUCGCCAUCCUCCGUCAACGUCCGGAAAGCAUCGAUGCUCGCCUCCGGGUGUCUCUACUGACGCUGCCCACGGCCCGCCGCUUGACACUGCUCCUCCGUCCGCAAACCUCCAUCCCACCUCUACCCCUCCUCCUUCCCACGCCCGAUCGCCGACCAGCGCAUCCGAGCUCGAACGCGACCUCCGCCUAGACAAAGUCUCAAUCGAGUGCAUUGACAUGAUUCCGUCUGAGCCAGGCCCCCUCAGCAGCUCCAAGCGCAGCUCCGCCCGCCGCGAGCCCCGGGACAGUAACCCCGUCGCGACGGGCAUCGGCACCGAUAUUCUCGGCGGGCUACGCACGCGCGGCAAAUACGUCCCGCUCGACCAGCAGACCUCCGAAAGCGUCUGGGGCAUUGUGCACCUGUACCGCGAUUCCCAGGAGACCGCUUAUCUGACCGAGGAGGAAUAUCCGUCAUACCUGAAGGGCUCCGCGGCCGCGCGACAGCCAUACGAUGAAGUGGGCGGGAGUAGUGCCCCGCGCCAGGGCCUGCGUGCCGGGGAAGACCGCCCGCUGGUGACCCUUCAGCAGCAGCACCAGCCGGACGAAGAGGGCUGCACGACGCUGUGCAUCCUGGCCGUGCCGUCGUAUAUGUCGCCGUCGGACUUUUUGGGGUUCGUGGGUGAGUCCACAAUGGAUGAUGUCAGUCAUUUUCGAAUGAUCCGGACGGCGCGCGCCAAUCGGUAUAUGGUUUUGAUGAAGUUUCGGAGUGGGAAGAGGGCACGGGAGUGGCAGAGAGAUUGGAAUGGGAAGGUGUUCAAUAGCAUGGAGCCGGAAACAUGCCAUGUUGUGUUCGUGGACACCGUCGAGAUUCAAGCAGUAGAUCCGGAUACGCAGGCCGGACUCCCCUCAACUCAUCAAGGCGCUCUCUUAUCACCCCACACCGCAACCAGUCCCCAGCGCUCAGCUGCAUCGACCAGCCAAUCGAGCUCCCUACCCUCAGCAGCACUCUCCUCGCGACCUCUCGCCCCGCCAACACCCGCCCUCAUCGAGCUGCCGACCUGCCCCGUCUGUCUCGAGCGCAUGGACGAGACGACCGGCCUGCUCACGAUCAUCUGCCAGCACGUCUUCCACUGCACGUGUCUCCAGAAAUGGAAAGGCAGCGGCUGCCCCGUCUGCCGCUACACGCAAGACGACUUCCGCAAAAGCAGCCAAGGCAUCCCCCUCGACCCGGACUCCGCCGAAUGCUGCUCCGUCUGCCGCUCCGACAUCAAUCUCUGGGUCUGCCUCAUCUGCGGCAACGUCGGCUGCGGCCGCUACGACGGCGCGCACGCCUUCGACCACUACAAGGAAACCGCGCACGCCUUCGCCAUGGACCUCUCGACCCAGCGCGUCUGGGACUACGUCGGCGACGCCUACGUCCACCGGAUCAUCCAGAGCAAAACCGACGGGAAACUAGUCGAGCUCCCCGCCGCCGACAACAGCGCCCUCGACCCCCCAGACUGGACCGACGCCGUGCCGCGCGAGAAACUCGAAAACAUGAGCGUCGAAUACACCCACCUCCUGACCAGCCAGCUCGAGAGCCAGCGCGCCUACUUCGAAGAAAUCGUCGAGCGCGCCGUCGACAAGGCCUCGCAGGCCUCUGCCGCCGCGCAGUCCGCCACUUCCGCCGCCCACUCCGCCACCACCAACCUCUCCUCUCUACAAUCCCGCUACGACGCCCUCACCACCGACACCCUCUCGAACCUGGAGCGCGAGAACCUGCGCGCCUCGAAACGCGCAGACAAGUUCGAAGCCAUGGCCCGCAAACUCGAGAAGGAGUGGCGCGAGGAAAAGACCAUGAACGAGAGCCUGAUGACGCGCAUCGACCACCUCCAGUCCGAGGUGGAGGCGCUCAAGCUCUCGAACGCCGACCUGGCGGAGCAGAACCGCGACUUGACCUUCUUCAUUAGUGGCUCGGAGCGCCUGAAGGAUCAGAGCGAGGAUGUCGUCCAGGGCACGGUGAGUGUUCCGGAGGUGGAGGCGCAGGGCACCGGCAAGAAGAAUAAGGGGAAGGGGCGGAGGAAGAAAUGAUCGGUCUGGUCUUCUUACCUUCUUGUCUUCAUACCUUCUUGGAUGGUAUUUGGUUGAUGGGCGAGGAUGAUUAAUGAAUGAAUGCACGGUUGUUUGAUAGAUAGGCUACUUUCUUCCUGGCUGUUUCCUGUCUUUCGAUGAAAGGAUGGGAAUCAGGAAGGAGGAGUGAAAAGACAUCUCAGUUCUUGCCUACGACCGUCCUGCCGCUUCACGUGUACUUUGUAAUCCUACCUGAUAUUCUUUGUACUCUGU